AUGGAGACCCGUCAGGUAUCCAGGAGCCCCCGGGCACGGCUGCUGCUGCUGCUGCUGCUACUUGUGUCCUGGGGCCACCGCACCGCCUCAGGAGCCGCCCUGCCUCCCGCGGGGGUCUUCAGACUCCACACCCCCAGCCGGGCUUGGGCGGGUCUGGCCACCCCCCAGUCGCGUCGGAGCCUGGCGCUGGCGGACGAUGCGGCCUUCCGGGAGCGCGCGCGGCUGCUGGCCGCCCUAGAGCGCCGCCACUGGCUGAACUCGUACAUGCACAAGCUGCUGGUGCUGGACGCGCCCUGA